UGACAGCAAACAGCAUGCGGCAUAGUUAUGCCAGCCUUGUGGAGGGCCUAAGUCCGGAGCAGAUGGCGAAGCUGCGCCCGGUAGCCGAAGGGGUGAAUCUGCUGAAUCACGCAAACCCUAAAAACAGGGAUUACUACUAUAUUGAUGACGCAUCCAUGACCGAGAAAGCGGCGGAGACUGCUGAGGUGCUGUUCUCCGGGGAUCCUUAUCAAAUGCAAAAAUGUCUGGGUUUGGAAGGAUGCAACUUGUGAUGCUGCAUUUGGAUUCCAAAGAAAAUCUGUAUUGCAUGAGCAGCAACGGGCUUGUGAUCUUUGCUACGGGAAGAGGGCGUUCGUCAUGCGGAAUAGGCAUCGAGAAGCCCUCAAAAAAUCUCCGAUGCUAGGGCAUGCAUCACAGACAUCAUGGGGCGUCGCUACUUCAACUUCAAUUCAAUUCAAUGCAAAACUUGCGUGACAUGUCUCAGAAUCUUCCAGACCCAGACACUUUUGCAUUUGAUACCCCGCAUUUCCACCGAAAGCUUUUGGGAGAGGAGACGGAGCGGAUCGCUGCAAUGCAGGAAAAACUGUCCGAGAAACGACCGGCCGCGCCGCCGCUGUCUCAACAAAUCUUACCGGGCAACAAAAAGAAGUCAAAUGAGGGCAAAGAUGCUGAGCACGAUGUGGAAUUCGUGCUGAAGUGCGACACCAGCGGUGACGUGAUUGCCACCGCUAAAAGCGUUCGCAUGAUGCAGAACAAGGUGCAGAUUGGCAGGAAAAUCCAGCUUCGCGCCCCCAACGGGCCGCCGGGCGUCGGUUCACAGAGGCAAAUCAAAAGGGCGGACGUUUCUAUCGCUGACUGCUGGAAUGCGUUUAUGCUUUGUGCUGCGAAGUAUGUGAAGAACAAGGACGACAAGUGUGGCGCAGGGGAGAAGACCUGCGGUGAGGUCAAGACCUUCGCUCUCUUUUGCAGGCAGGUCAAGCCACGGGCGUGCAACAUGUCGGGCCGUUCGGAGCAGCGAUUGCAGUGGCCCCCCGCUGGCGUUCCUACGGAGAGCCUGGAGUCUCUGGAGGACAAGGGGUCUGCGAAAGGUAUGCUUCUUUCGCGCGACCAGCUGCAGGACGCUGCCGUCCAGUGCGAGAAGACUCUCGCCAACCAGAAACCCGAGGCCAAGGUGCAGGCUUCCAAAAAAGUGGUGCAUGUAGAUGAUGAUUCAGAGCCGACGAAGAUGAAGAAGCACCAGGGUACAACGCCGAUGAAGAAGCAGGUUACCAAGCCGAUGGCGAUGAAGAAACGUGCGCCGGGCGCUCCUGCCGCCAGCCAGGUACCUAGGUUAACGCAUUUAGGUCAUCACAUUCUAGGUUACGCAGUCAGCAUGCGGGCGCGCAACCUCGUGAGGACCGAGAUGGGGGGGCCACCAUCUGAUGUGGUCCAGGUUCCGCCCUGGGCGAUCGGAGCGCGGGUCAAGCCGACCCACAACCAGGACGAAAGUCACGCGAUCUUGGAUUUGAUGCAGCCUCUGCUGCACCCGGUGUGACCACCUCCGUGGAGCACUGGAGCACGGCCCGGGCCACCUCUGUGGCCGGGCGGGGGGGCGCCUCGCUGCCACCUCUGUGGCACGGGCGUCCCGGUGUGGCCCUCGCUGCGUGCCUCGCUGCUAUAGAACACGUUUUGAAAACUGGAACUUGCGAACGCUACAGACCCGGACCUUUUCUGGCCAUUGUGGAGGGUAUGACUCACCAGAAAGCACAGAAAUUAUUGCAGGCACUCCGGCGGUCCCGACCACCCCAGCAGCGGGCUUUGUGGAAGAUUUGUGUUCCGCCGAAAGAUCGUUUGUAGAAAUCAGCACAACAAAUCGCAUCGAAAUGAAAUGACUCAAUCAGGUACCAACAGGGCGGAAGCAGGGUAGCAAGCCGGUGGUGAUGAAGAAGCAGGGCAAGAAGUGCGCUCCUGCCGCCCACAAGGUACCUAGUUCAUUCUCAAUCUAAGCAACGCACUCCAGACAUCGCAUUCGAGGCAUCACAAAUAGGACUAGGUCGCGCAGCACCAGCGCGAAUCUCGUGAGGGCCGGAACGGGCUAACCACCUCUGUGGUCCCAUUUUUGUUCUCCCGUGGCCAGCCCUCGCCUACAAAAAUGGAUGACGCCGGGGGAGCGCAGCAGACACACAGCCAACGCCCACACCGAUAUCGAUGCACGACCUGGAGCGGGAGGAGAAGAUGACGCGCGCAUGCUAGGAAGCAUGCGCAGCUUGUUGCUCACCCUUUUUUAUGUUCACACACUAGCAAGACACAUCCUGACGUCUAUGACGCGAAUAUGUAGAAUCUAGCAGGCUCGCAGCCUCUUCUUCCGGCGACGUGGUGGCCCACCACUGCCCGCUAGCGACCUCUGUUGGGGAGGCUCCGGGACUUGUUGCAGCCUCUGUUGCACCCGGCGCUGCGACCUCUCGUUGCAGUGUUGCAGCACGGUUCGAUCCACGUCUGUGGGCGGACAAGUGCGACGCCCGCAGCCACCUCUGUGGCGCGGACGUCGCGGCGCGGUCCCUGCUGUACGCCUCGCUGCUGUAUCUAGUAUUACGCAAGACGCUGCGAACCAGCGCAGAUACGCUUUUACUUAUACAGAGCCGUAGUUCCAGCCACCACUGUGAAGGGUGUGACCUUUUGAGAACAUACGAAGGGAAGGAAAGCUGGCAGCCGUCGAGGGGCGCCAGCGCUCUGGGGAUUUGGGAGGAAGUUUGUGUUCGCGCCACCACGAUAUAGCAAAUUCUAACCCAAUCACAUCAUGGAUCAGGUACCAGCAGGGCGGAAGCAGGGUAACAAGCCGAUGGCGAUGGAGAAGCAGGGCAAGAAGCCGAUGAAGAUGGACAAGAAAAAAACAGCUGCGAUGAAGCUGCUAGCGGGGUCGAAGACGAAGGUCACGGUGCGGAAUGAGAAAGAAAAACCCGCGAACAAGGUGAAGAAGGUGGUAAUUGUGAAAAAACCAGCAACGAAGAAGAAAGGUGGCAGCAAGUAAGUUCAUCAUCUACUUCCGUCUAGUACGCCAAGCAGAAAUCUUCAUGCCUCAAAAUGUGCCCGUUCUUUUGUCGUCUUGAGUUUCACACGACACACACACUGCAGGGAACAAAACUAUACGCAUACUCUAGUCCUUUUGCAACUGACUUUUUUCUGUAGCGCCAACAUAGUCGCAUGAAGAACGCCCCAUAGCGACAACGCAAUCGCGGCUUCACAGUGGUGGUGCUGUAACAACUCUGGAGAAAAU